AUAGGAAAUUAUAGUUCUAGCACAUCAUUUGUUUCCAGUAUCAAUAUUUUUACUUACAGAUUUGUCAAAUAUAUCUAUGAUACUGAUUCCGAUAAAUUUAGAAGAUUACAAUUCAAUACAGCUGUUCCAUACACUACUGUUCAUUCUGAAUUUUCUACAGGACUUACAUCACAAGCAAGAGUUUUGAGAAAUAUUUUAUUUGGAAAGAAUUUGAUUGAAAUUCCUGUGAAGAAUAUUGUUUCAUUGUUAUUGGAUGAAGUUUUGCACCCUUUCUAUAUUUUCCAAAUUAUUUCUGUAACUAUUUGGUUAGCUGACGAAUAUUGGUCAUACUCUGCCUGUAUUAUUGUUUCAGCUGUUGUAUCAAUUAUUUUCAGUUUAAUUGAAACUAAAAGAAAUUUGACUAAAUUGAGAGAUAUGGCCCACUAUGCAUGUGAUUUAACUAGAUAUUCUAAACAAGGAGAAAAACAAGUUGUCUCAUCCGAACAACUUGUACCAGGUGAUGUAAUUGAAUUAACAGAUGGUAUUCUGUUACCAUGUGACGUUCUCCUUCUCUCUGGUCAAUGUAUUAUGAACGAAGCCAUGCUUACAGGAGAAAGUAUUCCAAUUGUUAAAACUCCACUGCCUAAUGAAGGAUCCACUAACUAUUCUGUAGAUGCUGACAAAUCCUUUACCCUUUAUUCGGGCACUCAAAUUAUGCAAAUUCGUAAAAUUGGAGAUGAGAAAGUCAAAGGUGUUGUUUGUAGAACUGGUUUUGAUACGGCCAAAGGAAAAUUAAUUUUAUCAAUUCUUUUCCCAAAGCCAUCCUCAUUCAAGUUUUACAGAGAUUCUCUCAAUUUCGUUGGUUGCAUGUUCGCUAUUGGUUUGAUUGGUAUUGCUUAUGCUAUUAUCAAACUUGCUGUCUCUGGAGUUCCUUGGGACAACAUUAUUCUCAGAGCUCUCGAUGUUAUCACUAUUACUGUUCCGCCUGCCCUACCUGUGGCUAUGACAACUGGUAUGUCUUUUGCAGUGGCUAGACUUAAGAAAACCAAAAUAUUUUGCAUUUCUCCUAACAGAGUUAAUGUUGCUGGUAUGAUUAAGUUGAUGUGCUUUGAUAAGACUGGAACAAUUACCACAGAAGGCUUAGAUCUUUAUGGUGUUCACCCAUUGGAGGAUGCUGAAUUUUCUGACAUGAUUGUUGAGGAAUCAGUUACUGAAGCAUUUAAGGAUGUUAAAAAUUUGAGCGAAAAGAAAAAGAUGUUGCUUUACUCAAUGGCAUCAUGUCAUGCCUUGACCUAUGUUAACUUUGAAUUAGUCGGUGACCCUCUUGAAGUUAAAAUUUUUGAAGCAACCCAAUGGAAACUAAAGGAACCACAAGCUUCAGACUACAUGUUUGAGACUCCAAUUCCUACUGUUGUUCAUCCACCUCAUCACAAUCACCACAAGACAGAAUUGACAGAAUUGGAAGUUCAAAAUAUCGAUAUUACUAGUCUUCCAUUUGAGCUUGGCAUUCUUAAAAAGUUUGAAUUUAAAUCAUCAUUACAAAGAAUGUCAGUAAUUAUGAGAAAUCUCCAAGAAGAAAAAACUUAUGCCCUCGUUAAAGGCUCACCAGAAAUGAUGCAAAAAUUAUGCGUUCCUGAAUCAAUGCCAGCUGACUUCUCAAAAGUUCUUUACGAAUAUGCCCACAAAGGUUUCCGUGUUAUUGCUUUUGGUUAUAAGGAAUUGGAUCAACCAUGGAAAAAUCUUCAAAGAGCAUCAAGAGAAGAAAUUGAAAGUGAUUUGACAUUCAUUGGUUUUGUUUGUAUGCAAAACAAAAUGAAACCAGACUCUAAGAAGGUUAUUACCUCUCUCAAUGAAGCUGGUAUCAAAAGUGUCAUGGUAACUGGUGACAAUCCAUUUACUGCCAUCUCUGUUUCUAGACAAUGUGGAAUUGCCAAACCUGCUGGUAAAGUUUAUUUGGGUGAACUUAAGGAAUCUCACUAUGAUGGUGAGGACAGAUUAGAUCCUGACAGUCUUACACCAAUAGACACCAAUGACUAUGCUCCUUACGAAUUGGCAAUCACUGGUGGAGUUUUUGAACGACUUGUUAAGGACCAUACUUUAAAGAUUGAAUUAUCUGGAAGUACUACAUAUGUAAAUAUCGAUUCUCCAUCUCUGCUUCACAGAGUUUUACUUGGAUGUAAGAUAUUUGCUAGAUUCACUCCUGACCAAAAGAUGAGACUUGUUGAAGAAUAUCAAAAACUUGAAUACUUUGUUGGUAUGUGUGGAGAUGGUGCCAACGAUGCUGGUGCUUUGAAAGCUGCUCAUGUUGGUAUUUCAUUGAGUGAGGCUGAAGCUUCCAUUGCUGCUCCAUUUACAAGUUUGAAACCGACAAUUGCUUGUGUUCCAAAGGUCAUCAAAGAAGGAAAAGCUGCAUUGGCUACUAGUUUCCAAAUGUUCAAAUUUAUGAUGGUUUACAGUUUGAUACAAUUCUUUACUGUCAUCCUCUUGUAUGAUAUCAAUAGUAAUCUUGGUGAUAAUCAAUUUUUAUGGGUUGAUGGUGUUGUCAUCUUUACUAUGGCCCUUCUCAUGGGUAGAACUGGUUCAAAUAAGAAACUUGUUAGAGAUAAGCCUUCUGCCUCAUUGGUAUCUCGUGAAGUCUUUUUUUCCAUGGGAUUCCAAAUUCUUAUUACCGUAAUUAGUCAAAUUAUUAUUUGGAAUAAUAUCAAAGUUCAAGGAUUUUUCACUCCUCUUGAUCCUGAACCAGAAACCAAAAAGAAUAUCAGAUGUUAUGAAACCACUGCCAUGUUCUUGCUUUCUACAUUCUUUACAUAUAAUGCUGGUUUGUCAUACAGUAUUUCCAAACCAUUCAAGAAACCUGUUUAUAGAAAUAAGCUCUACUUUGGACUUUUGGUUUUACUUUUUGGCAUUCUCACCUACUGUUUCCUGAUGCCUGACUAUUAUUUGAGUUGGUUCUUGUAUAUUAGAAGUAUGCCAGUAUACUAUCGUUUCAUUCUCUUUGGUGUCGCAUUAAUUCACAUGGCCAUCAGUUAUAGCUUUGAAAGA